UAGGAAGUCACACAGUUUUUUGUUUUUUACCGUGCGUGUGUGCGUGCGCGAUAGUAGAUGUUUUUUUGUUUGGACAUAAAUCAAAAAUAAAGUGUCAAACGCAUAUUCUGGAGGACCUCAUCUUUUGCACCACCACGCGUUGGAAAGGACUUCAAAUUCCCACAAGUGAAAUCUUUUUGUAGAUAUAUUGGCAGUACACUAGCAGUACACUAGCAUUAUAGCUGUUUUUAGAAGAAAUGUGGCUGCGGAAUUAGUAGCUCCAAACACCCAACAAUCAUGCUUUAUUCUGGUCUGUGUCAAGUAUUGGAAAUCACAGACACUAAUAACUUCUCGUGUUCAAGUUAUUUUUGGAAAAGGACUUUUGCUUCAAGGGAGCUAGUCCAAAAUCACCUUCCCAACUGUUUUGCACUCAAAAAUCUAGAUUAUGGCUCGGAGGAUAUAACGAUCAUGGGAGACGGGCUCGCGUUUAUCAGCACUGGUCUGAAGUUUCCUGGAAUGCCAUCCUCAGAUGCGACAGGAAAGAUCUUCUCCCUUGAUAUGACAGAUCCUCGGAUGAAACCGGUGGAGCUGCGCAUGCCAAGAAACUUUGAUCUGGAAUCAUUCAACCCUCAUGGCAUCAGUGUAUACAUCGAUCCAAGUGAUUACGCAAUAUACCUGUUUGUUGUCAAUCAUCCUCAACACAAAAGCCAAGUAGAGCUGUUUCAAUAUGUUGAGGACGACCAUUCACUGGUGCAUCUGAAAACCAUAAAACAUGAACUUCUCCGCAGUGUAAACGAUAUUUUGGCGGUGGGAGUGGAUAGCUUCUAUGCAACCAAUGAUCGCUACUUUACCAAUGCAUUUCUUAAAAGUUGGUUGGAGCCUCUUUUGAGUCAGCCCUGGACUAAUGUUGUGUACUACAGUCCUGAGGAAGUCAAAGUGGUCUCUGAGGGAUAUUACUUUGCAAAUGGCAUUAAUAUAUCCCCAGACAAAAGGCAUAUAUAUGUGGCAGAUCUAUUUGACCACAAUGUGCAUGUGUUGGAGAGGAAAGAAGACAAUACAUUGGUGUCGGUGAAGGCUGUGGCUGUGAAUUCACUCUGUGACAACGUGGAAGUGGAUGCUGAAAGUGGUGACCUGUGGUUAGGCUGUCACCCUAAUGCGUGGAAAGCUAUCAUGUUUGAUCCAAAGGACCCACCUGGAUCGGAGGUCAUCCAAAUCCAAAACAUUCAUUCUGAUCAGCCAGUGGUGACUCGGGUAUAUGAGGACGACGGCCAUGUGAUCAUAGGCUCCUCUGUAGCAGCUACCUAUGGGGGGAAGUUGCUUAUUGGCACUGUGUUCCAUAAAGCCCUGUGCUGUGAUUUGAACUAGGCAUUUACUCUGUAACAUUUACCUUCUUUUGCAAAGCUCUCAUCACACAAGACAAUUAUGGUUAUACAUGGAUAUUACAUCAAUCAAAUGGGUUACCCUGUUGUACUAGACAGCAUCUGAUAAUAGACCCAGAAAAAAGUAAUUGUAGAUCCAGCAGGAGGGGCUGAUGGGAAGAUGGAUCGAUUUGUGUUUUUCUAGCAAUCAGCCCUAAGUACAACAGCAUAUUUAAAAGUGGUCUCAUACACAGAAGUUACUGAACUGCCCAGAUACUUAAACCACUAUGAAAUGAGUACAAACAAGUAAACAAUUAAAUCAAACAUGUAAAAGAAUUCAUUAAUAUUUUCUUUGCUGUGUAUCAUGAAAGGAAUAUUUUUAGCUGGUCAUCUGAAAACGUGAAAUCUGUACAGAUGCAUUGUAUGUAACUGAAUGUUUUUACAUGUUUUAAUUUCUAUUGUCAUAUUUGUUUAUGCCAUUUGAAUGUAAAUAAAACAUUGAAGAGAG